AUCCUCCACUCGGUCCUUAGCGGAAAUGGCGACGGCGACGGCAGCGGCAGCCCGAGUCUUGCUGUUACCAGCGGCGCGGCAAAGGCUCGGCGGUUUCACCAAGACCUUUCUGGUUGGAGGCGCCGCCAGACGGUCAUUGUAUUUCGGAGGCAACAGAUUGAGAAGCACACAGGCAGCUACACAAGUUGUUCUGAAUGUUCCUGAAACACGAGUAACACGUUUGGAGAAUGGACUCAGAGUGGCCUCUGAAGACUCUGGGUUGUCAACAUGUACAGUUGGGCUUUGGAUUGAUGCUGGGAGUCGAUAUGAAAAUGAAAAGAAUAAUGGAACAGCUCACUUUCUGGAACAUAUGGCUUUCAAGGGCACCAAAAAAAGAUCCCAGUUAGAUCUGGAACUUGAGAUUGAAAACAUGGGUGCUCAUCUCAACGCCUAUACCUCCAGAGAACAGACUGUAUAUUAUGCCAAAGCAUUCUCUAAAGAUUUGCCAAGAGCUGUAGAGAUUCUUGCUGAUAUAAUACAAAAUAGUACAUUGGGAGAAGCCGAGAUUGAACGUGAGCGUGGAGUAAUCCUUAGAGAGAUGCAGGAAGUUGAAACCAAUUUACAAGAAGUUGUUUUUGAUCAUCUUCAUGCCACAGCUUAUCAGAAUACUGCGCUUGGACGGACAAUUUUGGGACCAACUGAAAAUAUCAAAUCUAUAAAUCGUAAGGACUUAGUGGACUAUAUAACCACACAUUAUAAGGGGCCAAGAAUAGUGCUUGCUGCUGCAGGAGGAGUUUCCCAUGAUGAACUGCUUGAGCUAGCAAAGUUUCAUUUUGGUGACACUCUGUCCACACACAAAGGAGAAAUACCGGCUCUGCCUCCCUGCAAAUUCACAGGAAGUGAGAUUCGUGUGAGAGAUGACAAGAUGCCUUUGGCACACCUUGCAAUAGCUGUUGAAGCUGUUGGUUGGGAACAUCCAGAUACAAUUCCUCUCAUGGUCGCAAACACACUGAUAGGCAACUGGGAUCGCUCUUUUGGAGGAGGAAUGAACUUAUCUAGCAAGCUGGCCCAGCUCACCUGUCAUGGCAACCUUUGCCAUAGCUUCCAGUCUUUCAACACUUCCUACACAGAUACAGGAUUGUGGGGACUCUAUAUGGUUUGUGAACCAGCUACAGUUGCAGACAUGCUACAUGUUGUUCAAAAGGAAUGGAUGCGACUCUGUACAAGUGUCACUGAAAGUGAAGUUGCAAGAGCCAAAAACCUUCUGAAAACGAAUAUGUUGUUGCAACUUGAUGGUUCAACUCCAAUUUGUGAAGAUAUCGGUAGGCAAAUGUUAUGCUAUAAUAGAAGAAUUCCCAUCCCUGAGCUUGAAGCAAGAAUUGACGCUGUAGAUGCUGAGAUAGUUCGAGAAGUGUGCACCAAAUAUAUUUAUGAUAAGAGUCCAGCUAUUGCUGCUGUGGGUCCCAUUGAGCAACUACCACAUUUUAACAAGAUUCGCAGUAACAUGUGCUGGCUUCAUGAUUAAAGUGCUGUUACUCAAAACGUUUUCAGCAUAUAUAUUUAUAAAACUAACAGAGACAAGGUUUAAGCCAUAAGUUCUUAAAAGAAAAAAUAAACAUGAACAUGUUAUAUCUGGAAAUUUGAAUGAAAUAUUAUGUCACAUUUUCAAAGGAUAAGAUUGCGCCUGUCCUGAAUGUUGUUUUGGAUAAUGGUUGAUCUUUGUACUCAGAAUUGGAGGCAGCACUUUGAAAUAAUCACCAUAAUUAUAAUAUUAAGAAUAAAAAUUUGUACAAUA